CACACUUGAACUGCAAGCACAAUAUCUUCAACUCAAUUGAACAAAAACCCCAGGCAAAUAAGAGCAAAGCCUAAACCCUAACUCAUCUCACAACUCUUCUCGACUGAACUUCGAAGCAUUUCAGCUAUGGCGUCGGGCGAGAAAAUGGUGCUUCAAUUCGGAGGUUCGACGUCUUUGAAUGUGAGAGUUCAUCCUUUAGUGAUAUUUAACAUCUGCGAUUGUUAUGUUCGACGUCCCGAUCAAGCUGAACGUGUUAUUGGAACUCUUCUUGGUUCCGUUUUACCUGAUGGUACUGUUGAUGUUCGCAACUCUUACGCUGUUCCUCACAACGAAUUUUCCGAUCAGGUUGCAUUGGACAUUGAGUAUCACCACAAUAUGUUGACAUCACAUCAAAAAGUGAACCCAAAGGAAGUCAUCGUUGGAUGGUAUUCAACUGGAUUUGGUGUUACCGGAUGUUCUGUUCUGAUCCAUGAAUUUUAUUCUAGAGAGGUCACGAAUCCAAUCCACUUAACAGUGGAUACUACAUUCACAAACGGAGAAGCAACAUUAAAAGCAUUUGUUUCUGUCAAUUUGUCUCUUGGAGAGAAGUCGCUUGCCGCUCAAUUUCAGGAGAUCCCUGCAGAGCUUCAGAUGUCAGAAGCUGAGAGGGUUGGAUAUGAACUCCUAAAAUCAACAGUAGCAGACAAAAUUCCAAGUGAUUUGGAAGGCAUGGAGAGCACAUUGGAGAAAUUAUUGGCCCUAAUCGAUGAUGUGUAUAAAUAUGUCGAUGAUGUUGUGGAAGGACAUAUAGCCCCUGACAACAAAAUUGGGCGCUUCCUUUCAGCUGCAGUAUCUUCACUUCCUAAGCUUUCCCCUCCAGCUUUUGAUAAGCUUGUGAACGACAGUCUACAGGAUCAGCUUCUAUUAGUAUAUUUAUCUAGCAUCACUAGGACACAAUUAAGCAUAGCAGAGAAGUUGAACACUGCUGCUCAGGUUUUGUAAGUGCAGUUCAAGUUACUUUUCCAGUCUCCAUUUUGCACCGUGGCAACAAUUAGAGAAGUGUAUUGAGCGAAUAUCUAUUGAUUUUACUGAAGAUAGUCUUUUAUAUAUUUUGUCGGUGGAUUAUCACUAAUUCGGAAAUUCACAGGGAUAAUGUACUUGCGAGUGUAUUAUACAAUGCUUUUGAUUGUUUCUAGGCCUUUGAUUAUCUUAGAAAGAGUUCUGUACAUUCCAAAGAUGACUUUACCAUGAAGUUUUUGGAGCCUGCGAGUGUUUUACUUUA